AUGACGUCGACCCUCUACUACCUAAUGUGUGUAACUCUUAUAUUGUGGGUUACCUUUCGUCUAAAAAGAUGGGCAACUCAGAAAAACCUAAAGGGAGAAUACGCUCUAAUUACAGGAGGCGCAUCAGGAAUUGGAAAAUGGAUUGCCAUCAAGCUAGCUCAAGAAGGGGCGCACAUUAUAUUAUGGGACAUCGACAAAGAGAAUUUGGAAAGAGCAAAGGCCGAAUUGGAGGCCAGAGGCGUCCGAGUGUACAUCUAUCAAUUAGACUUAUCGGUGCAUGAAGAAGUUAAAAGAAUAGGUCAAAGGACGCUGGAAGAAGUAGGAAGGGUAGAUGUACUGGUCAACAACGUUGGCAUCGUUUCUGGUCGACUCUUGGACGAGAUUCCAGACCAAAUGAUUGACAAAAUAUUGAGCGUAAACAUUGGCUCUCACAUUUGGACUGUCAAGACGUUUUUGCCAGGCAUGAAACGGAGGAACCGUGGGCAUAUCGUGACCAUAUCAUCAAUGGCUGGAUACGUAUCUGUGCCUAAAAUGACCGUAUACUCAGCUUCAAAAUUCGCCGCAGUGGGCUUCAGUGAAUGUUUAAGAGUCGAACUCAAAAAACUUCACUACGACGGCGUGCAUACGACCUGCGUGUGUCCGUUUUACGUCAACACUGGCAUGUUCGAAGGUGCGAAGCUCAACACGCUCUUUUCGUUCCUGUUGCCAGUCUUGGAACCGGAACAUGUCGCGUCAAAAACGAUAUCUGCAAUCAAGAAGAAAGAUGAGGUCGUCAUUUUGCCAACGGCAGCAAAGCUCGUCUUCUUAAUAAGGUUCUUCCCUGUGCCCGUGCAGGAUUGGAUACUGUCAUUCGUAGGUAUCUAUGACACCAUGGAUGCAUUCAACGGAUCGAGGCCGAUCCACAAAGACGAAAAAACUCUAAACUAGA